AGACACUUACAACAUUUUUAUUCUAUUAUGGUACAUGUGUAAAUUGGUUGAGAAGAAAAAGGCAGUGCGUCGCGUUGGCGUUAGCGUAGCCUAGCGCAACUAUUAAUGUACAUGCAGUAAUUCUUCGGUCCAUAGAAGGGAAGGAUUUAAAAAAUAUAUGUAUUUGCACACAUUUACAUGAACACACACAACACAAAAGUUAAAUUUAUCUAAAUACUUCAAAGUAAUCGAUUCUUCCAACCACCGGAAACCUGCUCAACAUUUUUGCCCAAAAAUGGUGAGCACUAUCAAUGUGAUGUCAUAAGGGUUGUUAGAGGUUCUGUGAAGCAAACCCCAGUCAUACUAGGUUGUGUAAUCCCCGGUGGGGGGGAAACCCACUUGUAUUUCAUUUCCCUUUUCAGUGUACAGUGUUGCUGUUUUAAGUCUUCAUCGCGGCGAGAGGAAGUUUAUUCAACAACCCUUACAACAAAAUAAAAAGAACUUAUUGCGAUGCGGGAAUAUAAAAUCGUCGUUCUGGGAAGUGGUGGUGUUGGUAAAUCUGCCCUUACAGUUCAGUUUGUUCAGGGUAUCUUUGUGGAGAAGUAUGAUCCCACCAUUGAAGAUUCAUACCGCAAACAAGUGGAAGUUGAUGGCCAACAAUGCAUGCUGGAAAUUUUGGAUACUGCUGGAACGGAACAAUUCACAGCCAUGAGAGACCUAUACAUGAAAAAUGGCCAGGGUUUUGUACUGGUUUAUUCCAUUACUGCACAAUCUACCUUCAAUGACCUCCAAGACCUGAGGGAGCAGAUUUUACGUGUGAAAGACACUGAUGAUGUUCCUCUGGUACUAGUUGGUAACAAAUGUGAUCUAGAGGAUGAGCGUGUCGUAGGAAAAGAUCAGGGCAUGAAUCUUGCAAGGCAAUUCAACAACUGCUCCUUUUUGGAAUCUUCCGCAAAAGCGAAAAUUAACGUUAACGAGAUAUUUUAUGAUUUGGUGAGGCAGAUAAAUAAAAAAUCCCCAGAGAAGAAAUCAAGUAGCAAAAAGAAGACACACUGCAACAUUUUGUAACAAGAUUCCAACUGGUUCUCAUUUUAAUUUCAAGAGAGAAAAGGGGGAGAAAAAAAAAAGAAUUUUCACAUUCUAAGAUAAUCAUGAUUCAAAAUGUAACUAUGGGCUAUCUGCUAUCCAGUUGCUACUAAUUGAUUUAGUUUCCAACAAUUUCAUCAAGCACAGGUUUUUGUGUUGAUUUAUUUGAAACUUUAAACCAAGUUAUGAAUUCAGCAUGGUGGCAUUUAGUCAUGUAAAUUGCAAGUGUUCCCCUUUUUUUCUUGCCUUCAACAUAUUAAUCAACUGUCAUACCCUUUGAUCCCUUUCGCUAUCGAUCCAUUAAUAAAUGAUUAACGUCA